GAGUUUUUGGCUUCAAUAACAUUAUGAACUUAGAGCAAAAUCUUCCCAUGUGCCCGCGUUGCGCUACAUGCGUUUCGUCACGAAUUCUCUUGACAGCUACUCAUCUGUACCCAUCAUGCAUUUGUAGCCCAUGUUUUUUUCCGAGGAAAUUCGUUAUCAAAAAAUUAUCUUCCCAUGUCACAACAACUUAGUGCAUGUUAUGUUACCUUUGUAAUCUCUGGGUGAACGGUGAUCUCUUCCAAAGGAAUUAUUUUUUCAUUUGAAGUCUUAGGUGUAGGGACAUUUCAGGUUUCAACAGCAUCUCCUAGAUGAAAGAAAUAUGAUGGCAUCACCCCGUAAGUUUCAUCUCUUCAACUGCGACCGUCUCUGUAAGCUCGACCCCAUCGAAGACUUCUUGUUGACAACGACAGAGACACUCGGCAUUAAGAUAUCUGUGAAGCAACACUAUUUCUCGCUUUCCGAAAUAUCUGAGUUCAGCGAUCAAACGAUUCCCACCCUGGAGAUGGAUGCUGCCGUCUUAGCUGUACAUGCAAACGAAUCUCGUCUUUCCAUCAACGAAGACACACAAGGGGGAUACACGAAAGUUUACAGAGCUUUGCUUCAGGCGACAGAAGGAAACGUAAUUGUUGUUGUCGGUGGUGAUAACAAUUACAGCAACGAAGAGGAAAAGAAGAAAGCUGUUGCCUCGCGGUGGGCGCGAAGGAAGAUACGUUCGCAGCUAAAAGAGGAAUUUCUCGACGGACGAAAAAGUUUCCUCUUUACAUGGGACAGAAAACACAGAGCAAUUCACGAGCAAGCACUGAAACAUUACUUUGAUCUUAACAAGAAAGGACAAAAGUUCGAGUAUGAACCAUCAGAGCGGCCUGAGCUUUCUUUAAAAGACCCAACGGCUCCGCUAGCAAGAGUAACAGAACCUGCGCAUCAGCCUAGGCUUCAACGCUCCGCUACCCUCCCGGAAGGGAAAAGUAAACGAGAAAUAGAAGAGAGGCGGGAUCUGUCAAGUUCCUCGAAAAAAGAUCACGCAGUGACCAGGCAAAGAAGUGUGGAUUUUCACACUAAUCAGCAACCUAAACUACAGCUUGAUCCCCUUUCUGCAACAGCUGUUUCGACUUCAGAAUACGGAUGCUCAUCACUUAAGAUCAGAUCGGAACAACACAGAGCGCAAAUCGAUACUGCGAUGAAGGAAACAUGUCUGAUAGAAGCACCAACAGAUGUGGCUGCAGAUUCUGGGAGGAAACUGCUGGACAACAAACCGCAACAGCCGUCAGUGCGAACAGAUACGGCUAUGGAAAAGGAACGUCAAGUAAUAGAAUUAGCGGUCCUUGGCUGUGAUGCGUCUCUGGAUACAAUGCAGGUUGUGAAAUCAGUCAUCAAAGACCUUCAGCUCAAGAUAAACCUGCCAAAAUAUCCCCUAGUGGAAAAUUAUUCACUAGAUUAUAUCAAAUCGUACUUGACGAGAAACACUCUCUGUUUUUGUGUUCUUGUGGUGGAUAAAGAAGCGCUUAAUACAAUCCAGAGGCAUGAGUUGGAAGACGUUCUCUGGACAGCAGCUGAUGUUGUCGUUGAAAAGGUUAUCUUUACGAUUUGCGAUCGAUGUCCUGCUCUCAAAGGAGGGGAAGAGACAUUCGUACACAACAUUCAACUAAUGCUUAAAGAGAAAAGAAAGGGCCUUAUCGUGUGGUUGGAGGAUGGAAAACUGAACGUGGAACCCGAUGUCUUGAUACAAUUAAUGCUUGGAGCUCCAAUAGUGGCGAAGAACAGACAGGGACAGAUAAGCCACUCAGGAGAGUUAUCCAGACCAACCAAUGCUGUCUCAGGUUUUUCAUCCGACGGGAGACUGGUUCAAGGAACGCAAAAGCAUACAGGGAGUUUGCCAUCACUGCAAAUGUACCACACAAUAAGACCCGAUACACGUUCAACAGCAGCCAAUAACUAUGGAGAAGGGGGCAUGAAUUCCAGCCAUGUUCUUGUACUCAAAACACGAAUCCAUUAUGGGAUAGUAUCAUAUGCUUCCAAGGAUCUUGAGUUUCGUUGUCCUGAUUGGGUAAUUCCCGAACAAAUAGAAGAAAGCUUGAGGUGUAAGUAUUCAACGACAGCAAACGGAGUGUUGAGCAUCUAUUAUAACAAGGAGGGCCAAUUACAGUCUACCGUACAAACUGAUAGAGCGGCCUUUUGUUUGAUUAUUUAAUGAACAGAUCAAUACGGCCUCUACACCAGACUCUCACAAAGUGAAUAUAUGAUAGAGGCUUGUUCUCUUAUUGGUAGUUCAUAGAUGCGAUAGUCAUAAUCACGUUGCAUUACAACCUCUCUCCGAUUCGAGAUCUUUUAAUUUUAUCUUCUCGAGAAAUAAUAGCAAUCUAUGAGUUAGAUGGAAUUUAACACCAAGAAAUUCUAUACUCUACGUGUCUCACCUAUAAGCGCGAACCACCCCUCGCAAAAUUUUUAUUCUGUGGGAAAAUUUUUGAGAGCGUAAACUCCCAUCCGUACUAAGGAAUUGAAAUAGAUAAUAAACUUAGACGGAAGGAACAUAUAAAUCAUAUAAUACCGCGAACAUGAUGUUUUAGGCUUAGGAGAAAUUUCUGGUUGUGUGCGGAGAGCAUCAAAACGACGUCAUAUGUUACCUUGGUCCGGCCUAAGCUCGAGUACACGUCUGUUGGUCGUUACCAACAUUUAAAUGCGACAUUGUCGAACUGGAAAGAGUGCAAAGAGCAGCAGCCCAUUUUUAUACAAGCGAUUAUGACUGGUUGUCAUGCGCACGUACAUGCUAGAAAAACUAGUCAGAACUGCACCCUUUGCUUGGUUGACAUUGAGUUAAAGGGCUUUUUAAAUUUUUAAUAAUAAGACUCUUAACGGGGACAGUCAAAGCCUUAAGCUUCUUGACUGAACCUCACUGUAAGAGAGACGUGUUCAAUUUUUUUUUCCCAAGAACUGCCGGAGACUAGAAGUAUCUCCUACCUGAUAUGCUUGAUGUUACGUCACUUGACAAAUUUGAAAAUUGGCGUAGUUCAUUAGCGUGAUAAGAGCGCGUCAAUGUGCAGUUAGUUUUAAGUUCUGUCUUGUACUUAUUAUAGAAUAUAAUUUUACUUUUACACUUAGAAGUAGUUGGUGUUUUGCCUAAACGGCUUUUAACGACCUAAUUGAGAUGAUCAUGAUGGUGAUCUUAAAAUUACUAUGUGAUUCUGUAAAAACCCAUAAAUAUAUUUAAUCCUCUUUAAAACAGAGCCAGUCAAAUAUGACUUUUAUUA